AUGCCCCGCGACCCGUUGAUUGGACUGGUGGGCAAGGCAAGUUCCCCCUGUUCCUAUGUUGCGACCCCGCUAACCCCGUCAAGUGGAAAGUCGACAACUUUGAACAGUUUGACCGACGCUUCGUCUAAAGUUGGUAAGAAGAGGUUCGAUAUCAUAUACUAUGUCAAUGAUGCUAACAAUGUUAUUUUCACAACCAUUGACCCUCAGCGAGCCAUCGGUUACCUUCAGAUUGAAUGCGCUUGUCAGCGACAUAACGUUUCAGAUCGAUGCCAGCCGAACUAUGGCGGGUGCAAUGAAGGGCGACGCUCCGUUCCUAUUGAACUACUGGAUGUGGCAGGACUCGUACCAGGAGCGCAUCAAGGACGGGGGUUAGGGAAUAAGUUCUUGGAUGACCUGCGACAUGCCGAUGCCCUGAUUCAUGUGGUGGAUGUCAGUGGAACUACGGAUGCUGAAGGGAAGGCUACUCGAGGAUAUGAUCCGUCUGUGGACAUUGAAUGGCUGCAUUCAGAAAUUGUGCGAUGGGUGUUGGGUAAUUUGAUGGAGAAAUGGGGGUCGAUUAAACGGAGGCAUGUUGCAACAAAAGCAAAUCCGGUCGACACACUACAGGGCCAGUUUUCCGGAUACGGGAGUACCUCAACCAUCGUCGCACGGUGUCUGGAUCGCCUUGCGCUGAAAGAACCUCUCGAGGCGUGGUCGGAUGAAACAAUCGAGACCGUGGUUAAAGCUUUCAUCGACGAGAAGUUCCCCACUAAUAUAAGCAAGAUCGCCAAAAUGCAAGAUCCUCAGUCAAUCGUUCUUUGUUCCGCUAUUUCAGAAGUCUUCCUUCGCCGAUUAGCCAAACAAGGGUACAUCAAAUACGUGGAGGCUAGCGAGUUUGUGGAUACUCGCGAAGACUUAAUUGAUAUGGGCGAACCGGAUGGCGGAGGCCUCAAGGAGAUGGACGAGAAGUUGAAGGGUCGUGUCGAGAACUUAAAAGACAUGGUUCUUUAUCGAUUUGGAUCCACUGGUGUGGUCCAGUGUCUUUCUCGAGCCGCAGAGCUUCUUGGCCUGGUACCUGUUUUCCCAGUAAGGAAUGUUCAAACCUUCAGCUCGGGGUCUGGAAGCGCGGUGUUCCGCGAUUGUGUUCUGGUCAAGAAGAAUAGUACGGUUGGCGAUGUGGCUCGAAAAGUCAUGGGUGAUGUGCCCAUCUCCUACAUUGAGGGAGUUGGAGGUACUCGAGUGUCCGAAGAAGACAUUGUGGCAGUUGGGAAACACGAUAUCCUAUCAUUCAAGGUCGGUCGGUAA